AUGGAGAGGCUUCUGAGGAAAUGUAUUAUCAGAAAUCAGCUGGUCCGGGAAUGUCUGGCGGAAUGUCUCGGACUGUACAUCGCAGUUUUAAUCGGAUCUGGAGCGGCGGCCCAGGUCAUCACAUCCAACGGUAACCAUGGCAACUACCUAACAAUCCAACUUGGUUCUGCCCUUGGAGCGUUAUUUGGGAUUCUUGUUGCUCAUGGAGUUUCAGGUGCUCAUCUCAACGUGGUUUGGUCCAUGAGUCUGUCCAUCUUGGGUCGACACCCUUGGAGGAAGGUUCCCCUUUAUGCACUGUCACACCUCUUGGGAGCUUUUCUCGGCGCGGCAACGGUUUAUCUCCAGUACUACGAUGCCAUCCAGGUGUUCAGCGGAGGUCAGCUGUUAGUGGCAGGCCCCAAUGCCACCGCCGCGAUCUUCUGCUCGUACCCAGCGGAGCACCUCAGCUUUUGGGGAGGCCUCGUGGAUCAGGUGGUGGCCACUGCUCUGCUGCUCAUCUGUUGCCUGGCUGUGGUGGAUCGGAGACAGGGGCGGCUCCCUAACGGACUCGCGCCUGUCCUUGUUGGAGCGCUGAUCCUCGCUAUUGGACUGUCUAUGGGCUCCAACUGUGGAUUCCCCCUCAACCCAGCCAGGGAUCUGGGGCCCCGGCUGUUCACGUUCAUCGCAGGCUGGGGGGAAGAAGUGUUCACGGCCGGAGGUGGUUGGUGGUGGAUUCCCACAGUGGCCCCCUUUGUGGGUGGGCUGCUCGGAACCGUCAUCUACGAGCUACUAAUUGAAGUUCACCAUCUGACCACGCCACAUGAGGAGCAGAGUCCAGGUCCUGAGCUGGAGGAGGUGGUGGUGGACUCCGGAAACAACAGCAAAAUUCAGCUUGAGCCCUUGGAGCGGAGCGGUGACCCCCUGCCCUGGAACGGAUGGAGAAGCCAGAGUGUCGGAGACGUCGGCGUUGGACCAUGGAAGACCGAGACCAGGACCAGCCCCCAUUUCCGUUCGUUGUCAUUGUUUUAG